UAAACUUGCAAAGGCAGCAAAGCAACAAAUAAAAUUUUAUGAAACAGUUGAUUAAAAAUAUAUUGUGGAUUGUUCUUCGCUGUUCUCAUGAAGGCAAAACCAGCAAUAUUGCUGCGUUUUUAGCGUUUUUUUUGCGAGUGUACUUAUAGUAAAGGGUUCCACUGCUGGCCAUUGUCAUAUGGUGCUACUGCUGGCUGUAGUCUCUAGCCAUUUACCUGCUAGCAGCUAGAGUCUAGACUCGUCAUCAGAAAUGAAUGCAUGGAAAACCCUUCGCACAGUGUUUGCGUUCAAGGGGCAAGCAUUAUGCAGCUUCUCUCCCUCCGUAAGUUCGCUUUCGUGUGCACCUCCGAUAUUAUCCCUCAAUCGUCAUGAAGGCCGAUGGAGAGCGUUCCAUACAACCGUUCCGGCGUGGGAAGUGAAAUGGAUUAUGGACAUCGAACCAAUCGGCAGCAUGGUCAGAUACAAAGAAUCGACGCAGUAUAAAUCGGGCGACAAGGCGAAGGUGCCUAAAUGGGACCUGAAGCGCCCACGGAAGGAAUUUAUUGGCUGCAAAGAACUCAUAGAUGCGGAUGAAAAUGUUCACAAAUUGUGCUCCUUGGAUUUCGGACACAUUUCGUGUACGAAAGAAAUGUUGGAAUAUGAACUGGUAUCGCGAGUCCGGCGUUAUGAAUCCGAUGACAGUUCAAUCGAAGUGAAGAUUGCACAGAUUACGGCUCAGAUACGGGCCACUCAGGACUAUCUGCUCAGUCCAGCCGCUCAGCCAAAAUUAAAAAAUCCUGAUCCUCUCCGCGUAAUUAAACCCGGUACACCACGGAUGCGCUACUUUCUCCAGGGCGCAGUGUACGCACGCACCAAAUUGCUUCGUCGCUUACGUGAGUGGGAUUAUAAUAAAUUCUGCUGGGUUCUACAACGGCUGGAGCUUGAGUAUUCACCCCCGAAUCUUCGUAAUCGGAACACUCCAAGAGAAAUCUACCGUGCCAUCACCCAGAAAACGGCCAUGGAAGUCCGGAAAGCCAAGCUGGAAAAGUACCAUGGCGAACUUAAAAACAAGCAGCCAGAAUUCCUGCAGCGGAAAGCCAAAGAGUUGGCGGCGAUAGAUGCGGAAGAGAAACAAUUACGUGAAGAACUGGCGGCACUGCAGCUGCAGGUCGAUACAGAAUCGCAGUCUAAACCGUCUAUGUUGGCUGUGGCACAGUAAUUCUCACCACUGUGCGGUGAGAACUGUGGCACAUUAUACCAUUAUCAUGCACUGUGCAGUCUUUGUCGUUCGUGUUUUGUCUGCGCUUAUUCUUUGCUGUAAUUAAAUAGCAGGCAUCACGCAUUUGCAAUUUGCACUAUUAUUGAUCCUAUCAAAAACAGUAAAACGCAAAACAGUCGUUUCCAUUUCAAGUUUUAAGUUUUGGUGGUAUUCAGUAUCGUGUUUAAUUUUUUCUCCCGUUCCUCUUAAAAAGAGGUAGGCAUUCAGCCGAUAUUAUUUAUAUUCGUAACUGACAGAACAUUUCGUACCAGUUAACAGUUAGACAACGCUAGAA